AUGGGUCAACCACCAGGCGCACCUGCCGCUGAUCUCCGCGGCCUGUUCGCCACUCAAUCCGCGGGUGUCCUCUUCUCGUCCCCCCGCAUGGCGUCUGCCUCGGCGUUCCCAACGGAUACCUCCGCUGCCCUAGCUGAGAUGCUCGCCGCCCACCGUCGAUCCCGCGACGGCCACUCUCCCGCGGCCCCUGCUGCAGCCUCUGCCGCGGCCGCUGUGGUGACUACUGCGGCAGCCCCUGCGGCGCCCCUUGCUCUGGCCUACUCACCGGCGCUCGUCGACCUCUUCGCGGCCUUCCUCCGCGACUACGCCACUGCAUCGCCGGUAGCUCUGCCGGUUGGCUUCGCUCCGCCCGUCGCGCCGGCGCCCUCUCCCGUGCCCACUCCGGCGUCCUCUCCGGCACCCUCUCCGGCUCCGCCUCAGAACCUACAGCACGUGACCAUCCGGCACCAUAUCUCCACCACCCUGUCCAUGCAGCCCGCCAACUACACAUUGUGGAGCACCGUCUUCCGCAACAUCUUCGGCAAGUUUGCUGUUGAGGACCACGUCGACGCCGCGCUCGCCCCACUGCAUCCCUCUGCGACAUGGCUUCAGAACGACUGCACCAUCGUGUCCUGGCUCUACACUACAGUCAGCGAGGAGAUCCUGACGAUCAUCUUGGCGCCGCGCGACACGACGAUCGGCGUCUGGACCAAGAUCGAGGAGCUCUUCCUCGACAACAAGGUGACUCGUGCUGUGUAUCUUGACUCCGAGUUUCAUAGCAUUCGGCAGGGCGCGAUGUCUGUCACGGCGUACUGCUCCUGUCUGAAGACGAUCGCCGGCAAUCUUCGUGAGCUGGGCAAGGCGGUGCCCGACAAGGACCUCGUCCACAGCACUCUUCGCGGCCUGCGCAAGGAGCUGCGCCAUGUCAUCCCCAUCAUCACACGUGAGGUGCCACUGCCGUCUUUCCAAAGCCUCCGCUCCUUCCUUCAGCUGGAGGAGACGCGGGCAGCCAAAGACGACAACGACGCUCCGAUGCACACGGCGCUGCACGUCUCCACUGCUCCCGUCGCACCAGCACCUGCUGCUCCUGUAGCCUCCACUGCCUCCACCAGCACGCCGUCCAAGUCGAAGAACAAGGGGCGGUAG